GCCGCCAAAAACAAGUAAUUUGAACCUUAAUAAAUCAAAAGAUUUGUCUGUUUUUGUUCCUUUAAAAUGGAUAAGAACAAGGAUUUAUCAUCUUCUUCACAAACUGGGUAUGAUCAGUUAAAGUAUAAGGGUGUUAGGAAGCGAAAGUGGGGGAAAUAUGUGUCGGAAAUAAGGCUACCCAAUAGCCGGGAAAGGAUUUGGUUAGGGUCCUACGACACGGCUGAGAAGGCAGCCAAGGCGUUCGACGCCGCCCUGUUCUGCCUCCGAGGCCGCCACGCGAAGUUUAAUUUCCCAGAUGAUCCGCCGAACAUUGCAGGCGGACAAUCACUCGCUCCUCCGGAAAUACAAGUUGUUGCUCAACAGUAUGCUAAUAACAGUAGCAGCAGUACUCAGCACCCACCAACAGAAUUAGAGGAUGCAUCGCCAUCACCGAACUCGGAGGGGGCCGAUACAAUGGACUCGAUCGAUUGGUCAUUCUUGGAAAUGUUAGAUAAAGAUGAUGUUGGUAAUUUCACAGAUUUUGGCUUAUUUCCUGAUCUAGAUGAAACGUACAUUCCACCAAAUUUUGCAUUCAAAGACGAUGACAACAAUGAAGACAACCACGGCAAUGAUGAUAACGGGGGAAACUUUUCUCAAUCGUCUCUAUGGAACUUCUAAACAACAAACUGAAGGACUAAAAAUACCUAGAUUAAAAAAAUUAUGUUUGGCUUUUCUUAAAACCACCUUUUGAAUAAUAUCAAGUGCGAUAUACCGAAAUAAGCCGCUUCUUUGCUGAAGAAGCAAGGACAAACAUGCUUUUUAAUUUUUAGGGAUUGGAUAUUAUUAGCUGGCCGUCGACGUCUUUCAGGUUAUCCAUUCUGAAUGUUUUUGCCUUGGAGUUACUUUGAUUGUCGAUGGACGAAUAGUUUUUCUAGGACAUAUUAGUAUUUAUUAAUAGACGUUGUGUGUAGUAUUGUACGAUCUACUAAGUGAAUAUCAUAUUCGUAUUUGAAUAAAUUAUCCUUGUUAGAAAUUCAAUGCAUCAGAAAUCGACU